GGGGGGGGUUACUGCCUCUUCAAAACCUCCCAGGACAAAGGUUUGUCAGCUGGGAGCAGCCUAAACCCCAUUACACACACAGGGCAGGGCAACGAACAGGAGGGGCUUUCAGGAUACCGGACAAACUGGCUUCGGAACAGGUAGACCGUAGUACAAAAACUGCAGGCUGAGCUGAUCUCAGCUGCUAAUGUCAGCAGUGUAACAGCCCGAGGGGAUUUAUUUGUCCUCUAUCUACUAGACUUAAAGUUGUUUAUAAAAGUUCAGGUGCUGGGCUUUGCAGACCCUGAGAUUCUUCACUGUAAUCGGACCACCCUGGGGUCCCCGGGCAACAUGAGGCAACUGGACCAGGGGACGGGAUGCAGGAAACGCCAGGGAUCAUCUUUACCCAGCCUGCGGAAUGAGAGUGAAGGAGGUUACAGGCCAAGUUUGCUUAGAGCAAAUAACCCCGGCAAGGCUACCACCCCAAACACAUAUGGCCUGGAUACACCCAUCAAACCUCGAAUGGCCCAGCCUGCCUUUAGGCUCCAGUCAUUACUGGACCCUGGUUCAUUGCUCCGUGUUCGAGCUCAAGUCUACACAAGACUCGGGGGAAGUGAACCAGAAUCUGAAGACCCAGGACGAAAGGGAUUGUUGCCAUUUCUGUGUCCCAGACCUGUAAGGACCCUUAAGGUCCUGGCUCCCCUGGACAGAGGAUAUGAGGAUAUGAAGCUGGCAUCCAGGGGUUCUUGUCCUCUAAAACCCAUUGCCUCUUGGCCAACAAGUUCAGCAUCGAGGGAAAGGAAGCAGUGGAGGUCCAAACCCCGGUCAAGAGCACUCCCUGUCAGGAAGGGAGGCAGUGAGGAGAGCAACUCCAGUAGCCUGAGCAGCCAGGCAUCCUUGGACCUCGAGGAGCAGAGUGAGAUCUUCGGGGUGCUGCUAGAUCAGCAAGAGCAUGAGGAUGCUGGGCAUACAGUCACGGGGGAGAGCUAUGAGCUCGGCCUGCCGCCAUCUUUUAUAGAUGACUGCAAUACCUCUAGGCCAAAUCCGGGAGCUAGAGCUCCUAAUAAUAACCAAGAUGGAAAUGAGCAGAUCAUAGGUGACAACAUACAUGUUAUAUAUCACACAGAGUGGAUGGACGACUGCACAGUGAUGCCCAAAGGAUCCAAGACAGAAUCAUCAAACAUUGCAACACCAGUUUCUUCUGGGAAGACACAGAAUCACUGUGAUGUUGAUUUAGCUACACGUCCCGGUUUAAGCUGUGAAGAGGAGGCUUGGGGAGAUCCAGAUAAGGCAAAAUAUUCAAAGGUGUUGACAAAGGAUGAUGGUAGAGCUGAUGAGUGGCAUUCAAACCCCAAGGUGCCAGAGAGGAGCAGAGAUUCUCAUGCCACAGCCUGCGGUGAUGAAGUGCGAUUAGCAUGCAGCGUUCCAGAGAGCAAGCAACACAUCCACUCAGUGAACACUGCGCUGAGCACAGGGCAGCUUAACGAAGAGAACCGCAGACAUUCUAAGAUGCUUAAGAACAGAGAUAGAGAUCGAUAUUCCUCCUAUCACACCAAUCAAUCAUUCAAUGUGCUCGCUCACAAAGAGCACAAUACACACAGCAGAAAGAGCAACAGAAACACAAUCACACCUUCACAGAAGCCAGCUAAUGCCAGAAGGCUUUCGGAUCUCACGAUUGGUGGCAAGAGUAUCCUGGAGGUUGGUCCACAAGGCGCAAAGGCAAGUGGGAAAAAUACUGUGCUUCCUUCACUGUGGGACAAGCGAGUUGAGCCCCUCAGAAAAAAUGUGACAGAAUCCAGCGAUGACAGAAAGAACCUAAUUAGGCUUGAAGGUGCAGGUCAAAGGCAACCACUUGAGCUGGAACCCAUGAAGGCCCAGCAGCCCAAGAGGUCUGGGAUGCUGAGAGCUCCAAGAGCUAAAUCAGCCAUGGAAUGUGUCACCUACAAUGACAUGUUCCUGGAGAUUAACAGCCAGGGUGAGGGACCUGCCAUCUACGAAAUGUUUGCCACGCCAGUGUACGAGAAGCUCAGAGCUUCCACAUCAUAUCAGAGAGUAGCCUACAGGGAGAUGAAGUGUGCCCAGGCCAGGAGAAACCAGGGGCCCAAAAACAACACAUACCUUAAACCCCCAGAGAUCAAGCCACAUAAAUCUCGAAGGGAGAAGUCCAUCUCCACUAAUGCCAAACAGAAGAGGAGAGAGGACAAGGUGCCAAGAGGAAAAUCACACCAGGUGCUGAUCAGUGACACUGAACUAGAAAGUACCAUUUCUGUAUCAGGCCUUGACUGCCAUAUUCAGACAACCAAAGCUGAGAUGAUUUUUUGUGAAGAAGAUAAGAAAAGCAACCCUCGGGUCACACCAGAAGAGCACAUGAGGAAGCGGGCCUUGACAAUCAUUGAGGAGGUCCUCACCAACUCCCUGGAAGAAGCAUCUACCUUUCACUGCACACCUAAGGAUAAAUCUGUUCCUAAGUCAGCAGAAGUUCUCAUCAGACCUCUAAAGGAAUCAUUCAUCCCACAGAUUACAAGUUACUGCUCCCUAAGAACCCACCACAUUGUGCAAGAAGCUGAUGAAAAUGGACUCAUGGUGAAAAUCGGUGAAGAGAAGCUUGCAGUAACAGCUCGUAGUGAUGAACUUAGGCCAGUUUCCUUUACAGCACAACCAAAAAUUGAUUACUGGACAUCUGGAGACAGUAGCCGAACGGUGACCCCAGUGUUUGAGAAGUUACUGGAUGCAGCAGAUGAGGGUUCCAUGACAGAUGACCUGUUGCGCUGCCUGGCUGAGCAGCUCAUAUCACUGGAGGAAGGAGAAGAGACAGAUCCCCCACAAACCAGUGACUCCUGCAAGGAAGAAAUUGUCCAUGCUUCUCGGAUAAAAAAGGGCGUUACAUCCCCUGGUGGAACGUGCAACAUUUCAGGCUCACGCACAGAUGACACCAUCUUGUGGACAAAAGGAGAAGUGCUGGGAAAAGGUGCUUAUGGAACCGUGUACUGUGGCCUGACCAGCCAUGGUCAGCUGAUUGCAGUAAAGCAGGUGGCGCUAGAUGAUACUGACCCAACCACCGCUAACAAGGAGUACCAGCACCUCCAGGAUGAAGUGGACCUUCUGAAGAAUCUAUGCCAUGCAAACAUUGUGGGUUUUCUGGGCACGACCCUCCAGGACAAUGUGGUCAGCAUCUUCAUGGAGUAUGUGCCUGGUGGAUCCAUCGCCAGCAUCCUCCAGCGCUUCGGGCCCUUGCCUGAGAGGGUGCUGGCACUCUACACACUACAGAUCCUGCAGGGGGUGGCCUACCUGCACGCAAACAGGGUCAUCCACCGGGACCUAAAGGGAAACAACGUCAUGCUGAUGCCCACAGGUAUCAUCAAGCUCAUCGACUUUGGCUGUGCAAGGAGACUCAGCCAGCUGACCCACAGUACUGACCGCAGCGAGCUCCUCAAGUCGGUGCACGGCACCCCCUACUGGAUGGCCCCAGAAGUGAUCAACGAGACAGGGCAUGGGAGGAAGUCAGAUGUCUGGAGCGUUGGGUGUACAGUUUUUGAGAUGGCCACAGGAAAGCCCCCUCUGGCUAACAUGAACAAGAUGGCAGCGCUCUUCUACAUUGGUGCACGCAAGGGGCUCAUGCCUGCUAUACCAGACAGGUUUUCAAAGGAAGCCCAGGACUUCGUCCAAGCAUGUCUGACCAGGGAUCAGAAGGAGCGGCCGUCGGCGCAGCAGCUGCUGGCUCAUCCCUUUGUUUUCCGGCGAAGCAGAGAGGGGGCCCCACAGCCUCAGAGCUGACACAACCACCCUGGGUGUCUGCAGGGCACCGUCAAAGCGGCCCUUCAUCUAAACGCGCCCGCUAAUGAGCUUCAGCCUGGCAAAAACAUGAGUCUUAGCUCUGACAGGUGCCAUAAGAACCAGCUGUCAUUUAGCCAAACGCCACAUUCAUUUACAAAUUGUUAAACAUCAAGGUGUGCAUUUAAGCCUUAGGCACUAGCAUUUAGGCAACCGCUCAUCCUGUUUUUUAUUUCUAUGCAAUUUACCAAGUCUCCUAAUAUCUCGUAGGAUAACCGAGAAUCUCAGGAGGGGUGACAGACGCAUGUUCAGUUCACACACAAGGGUGAAUGUCUAGGAGUUUUUUGAGCGGACUGCUGAACACAGCCAGCGAUCAGUGGCAGGCAGAGCUCAUUCACUGGGAUGUCGAUAGAAGCAGCAAAUAAAGCUCUAGCACUUUGAAUAAAAUCAUUUGGUUCUUUUCUCCACAUAUAAGGAAAGACAUUCAGCUGUCAAAAACAAGAACCUUAAAAUAAAAGCCCACAAAACAUUUGUAA